CUUAGCUCGCAGCGAGAUUCGACUUGGCCGCGGCGGCGGUGUGGCUGCUGCGUCGGCGGUGGCGAGGCACGCAAGGUACACUCGUCGCCGCCGGUCCGUCACCGAGAUGGCGCCAAUUUGCACACUCGCUUUCAUUCCAUGGAGCGGCCCCCGACGGCGCAUUCAGAGCCCAGCUCCUGGUCUGCAAAGAGACUGCGCGCUUGCUGGUACACCGAUGCGGCAUCGCUCGCUUCUGGCCCUCAAUCGAGGAGACCCAUCGAGAUCGAGAUCGAAAGCGUCUCCUGUGCGGAGCUUCGGAGGCUUGCUAUGGAUGCUUCUGCGCGUAGAGGGCUUCUGUGCCUCGGCAGGGUGUAGAGGCGGAGGAGAUCUCGGCCGAGAAGUGCCUCCUCGCAGCCGCAGUGCUCUCUCCUCGGCGAGGGUCCUGCUGCUCCUGCUAGUGCUGGGCUGCCUACGCCUCGAAAGCAUCCGGCGAAGGCAGUUUCACUUCGCCGAAGCGCCGAGAAGCACGUCUCCUGUCAGCGGCGAGCCUCCUGACGGCGCACUCGAGGUGCUUCGCAGUCGCUCGCUGGGCUUCUCUGGUGGCGCUUCGGCUCGGGCUGCGAUGACACCGUGUGCCGGCGUCUCCUGGUGGAACGUCGUCAUGCCGCUGGUGCGGACCUGAGGGGCAGCGGUGCUGCUCGCGGCGGCGUGGUGGUGCUGAGGAAAGGGGCAUGGCCGCGGCGCACGUGUCUCGUUCGCCGGCGCGGACAACGGCCG